CAAUUCUUGGUACCCGGGGCGGGCCUGUUGGUGAAAUAAGAUAUACGCAUGGCAAUUGGGUGAAUUCUCGAGAUGCCCCCUACAAGAUGUACUAGUGGCACCUCGAUGGAAGGAAAGUGCGGUGCCAGGUGCCACUUUCACUUUACUGCUACAGCGUCCGCGGCAGCCGGAGAUCCAACCUGCCCGGUAAAAGUGCGAUUGAGGGAAGGUAGCGGUGCGGAUUGAAAUUUCCCCUUUUUGAUGCGCCAUCCUCCUCUGGCUCUCCCUCAAUUAAAACUCUACUCUCCUUCUCCCCUUUUAUCUCCUUUUUAAUUCUACGCAUUCCCACAGUCGCUGUUUACCUGGCUUCUUCUUUAAACCAUUUCAUCUCUCCGGAGAACCUUCUUCUUCUUCUUGUCAUUCCUUGUCAGUCUUUACUUAUUCGUCUUUCACGUGUCCUUCCCGCGCCAUUGGCUCUGUCGCGUCUUCGAAAAAAAGCCACGUCGAAUACGUAACUCGGCUACUCUAAAUCCCCUACUUAAUAAACGGUCCCGCGGUCAACAAUUGUGUCGGUUUCAACGUACAAUUCGCCCAUCAUGUCUGCGUCUCCCGCUACUUUCUACGAGCAGCUUCCGCUGCCAACCAUCGACCGGCCUUUUGGCGUUCACCUGUGGCCCAUCUUUGACAAGGCAUUCACUGCUGUUGUCGGCUACUCUGCCAAUGACUUCAAGUUUGUGCCUUUCGAGACCCCCAUGUCAACUCUCAAGUCGACUUCGAUCUUUAUCGUUAUCUACUAUGCCAUCAUCUUCGGUGGUCGCGAAUGGAUGCGCAACCGUGAGCCCUUCAAGCUCAAGGGUCUCUUCCUCAUCCACAACCUCUACUUGACUCUGAUCAGCGGUACUCUCUUGGCUCUCUUCGUUGAGCAGCUUCUUCCCACCGUUGUCCGUGGCGGCAUCUUCCAUGCCAUCUGCGAUGCCGAGGGUGGCUGGACUCAGCCUCUUGUGGUCCUGUACUACCUCAACUACCUCACCAAGUACCUUGAGCUCCUUGAUACCGUCUUCCUGUUCCUCAAGAAGAAGCCUCUGACCUUCCUUCACUGCUAUCACCAUGGUGCCACCGCCUUCCUUUGCUACACUCAGCUCAUCGGUUCCACCUCCGUCUCUUGGGUUCCCAUCGUCUUGAACCUGCUCGUUCACGUCGUCAUGUACUGGUACUACUUCCAGAGCGCUCGUGGUGUCCGUGUUUGGUGGAAGGAGUGGGUUACCCGUCUCCAGAUCAUCCAGUUCGUCAUUGAUCUCGGCUUCAUCUACUUCGCCUCUUACACCUACUUCACCUCGACCUACUUCCCCUGGAUGCCUAACGCUGGAAAGUGCUCUGGCGAGGAGUUUGCUGCUUUCUCUGGUAUCAUUACCAUCAGCUCUUACCUCGUUCUGUUCAUCUCCUUCUACUUCGCCACCUACAAGAAGCAGGGCAAGGCUCCUACCGGCCGACAGAGUCUCCGACGCAUGUCUCAGGCUCCUCUUCCCGACCCUCAUCUGGUCCAGACUACUCCUGUCAAGAAGUCCAACGGUGCCACUGCCACUGGCUCUAAGACCAACGGCUCAGUUCGAUCUCGCAAGGCCUAAAUGUCUGGCUAAGACUAUGUCGAAUCGGCACAAAGGUAUUCGAAUGAGUACAUCGGCCUAUAUUGAUAUAUUCUCAUUUUGGUAACGACUGCAUAAUGCUACGCGAGCAUUCGAGCCAUUCUCGCGUUGGAGUUGGAUCUGGAUUGAUCUCAGCGGCUUCAUUACGUAUAUAAAACAAUUUGGAGAUUCGCUUUUUUCUGAAAAAUGGGCGGCUCGGUUGGUUUCGAAGCUGAGAUCUGCUAUGAAUAAUAGUCUUUAUGUGUGGGUAGCGAUAAUGAUGGAGGGUGUUGACGAUGCUUCUCACGGUUUUGAGUUUACAGGGCGAACACGGGGCAUUUGAAAGGACGGGCAUGGUUAUUGGGACACAAGUCUCGGCCGACUUUGAGCGGCCCCAGGCUACGACGAUCUAUCUAGAACCCUUGUAAUCAAUUUCUCAGCUAUGUAUGAUAGAAUUAUUAAUUCUCUCAGUUGUUGAGCCUGAGAGAUGAAUGAGCCAAUUGAUGGAUCACUCACUUCAUUGUUGUAACACUUGGAGAACCUUGAGCUAAUGUGUGAUUCGUGAUUCAUGCUACUAGAUGAAGCAGGUAUUCAAUAUGGGUAUUAACAAGUAAUUGGUAGCUUGCCAUACAUUCCAUCUGGAAGGGUCAAGAGGCAAGCUAUUAGCUUGCACUACUAGGUCACGAAUGUAUUUCGAAGGUACA